GCCGUUUAUGUCCUGCCGCACAUAUAUAAAGUCCUCCAUAGGUGCCCAUUUUGAUACACCACCAUUAUUGCAGUUACUCCACCACUAUCUCUUUUCCUAAGUAUAUUUUUUCCUAAUCCACUCUCCCUUGCGAAUGACAGAAAACAUGAGUAUAUCUGUUAAUGGUCAAUCCCAGGUCCCUCCUGGAUUUCGAUUUCACCCCACAGAAGAAGAGCUUUUGCAUUUCUACUUGAGGAAGAAGGUCUCGUUUGAGAGGAUUGACUUAGACGUGAUCCGGGAUGUUGAUCUUAAUAAGCUUGAACCGUGGGAUAUACAAGAGAGAUGCAAAAUAGGAACCACCCCACAAAAUGAUUGGUACUUCUUUAGCCACAAGGACAAGAAAUAUCCAACUGGUACGCGCACCAAUCGGGCAACUGCUGCUGGGUUUUGGAAGGCUACUGGCCGUGACAAGGUGAUAUACAGCACUGGCAAGCGGAUUGGAAUGAGAAAGACUCUAGUCUUCUACAAAGGCCGAGCCCCACAUGGACAAAAAUCCGAUUGGAUUAUGCAUGAAUAUAGGCUGGACGAUAGCACCAGUGAUACCAGUGUAAUUAAGCAGGUCUCCAAUGUUAUGGAAGAGGAGGCGGCACAGGAAGAGGGAUGGGUGGUUUGCCGUAUCUUCAAGAAGAAAAACCUCAACAAAACCCUGGACACACCUUUUAGUUCAUCACCCAUCAGUGCAGAUACAAGGAACCAGAUGUUAAGUUCCUGCGAUGAAGACACUAUAGAUCAGACAUUUCAUUAUAUGGGAAGGACUUGCAAAGAAGAAAAUGUAGCAGACAAUAGUGCUAGAUAUCUCAACUAUGUCCACCAUGAUGGAUUCAUGAAGCUUCCAAGCCUAGAGAGUCCAAACUCUAUCAGUAGCCAAAAUUGCUACCAACCCAUGAUCACAGAGAGUGAAGGUUCAAUAACUAACCAGAUGAGUUGCCCCUUGGACCCUGGCCUUGACAACUGGGCAACCCUUGAUCGUCUAUUUGCUUAUCAGCUUAAUGGCCAGACUGAAACCUCUAGGCAAUUAUCCUGCUUCCCCAUUGACCCAACCAUGACUUAUUGCACCCCUACUGAUCUUCAUCAUGAUCUCCGAUUGCCAAACUUACGAUCAUCAUUUCCGUUACCAUCAAACAGAUCUUAUCAUGGAACUCAAGAUUAUAACAACGAGAUAGACCUCUGGAAUUUUACCACUAGAUCUUCCCCCGACACACUAUGCCACUUGUCAAACACAGGUGCAUAACAGAAUUACCCUACAAAUAAUCAUUCUGUAGUUCUUAAAAGUCAGAAUAGUUUUAUGAUGACAGCAGUUUUAUGUGUAUGGUAAUAAUGCAAGUAAUGUAUAGCAUGUAGUAAUAUUAAUAAAUAAAUAAAAGUGAAGGGUUCUUGGAUGCGA